ACGAAAAUGUUUGCCGCAGUUAAUGUACUAAGUAUUUGUAUAGGAAGUGUAACACAAUUGACAGUACCAUUCUCAUUGUUUCUAUGAUAGCAACGGGGAUGGCCCGGUGUUGUUAGUACUAACAAACAGUAUCCAUGGAUCGGGAAAUUAUUGGGGGACUCGUGACCGCUGGACCGAUUCAGAUUCCACAGUAUACGAUCAAGGAGAUGGUUUGUUUUACGUCCCGUCGAGAAUUUCUCACAUUGAUACGUCACCAGCUGAAGGUGAAGUACCACAAAUUUACACCUAUUCUUAGCGCCCAUGGCCGUAGCAGUGAGGGUUCUUUAUCAUGCCAACGCCUGCCACGACAACAAACACGGUCAUAUCCGAAAGACCCGUGAUUCUCGAUCACUUCUAAAAACCGAGCGUUUGGCGAAGGGGCAAUCACUACCUAUGUAUACGUCUUGGAUUUGACACGGUCAUAAGGAAACUCUACCACAGAGCUACUGCGAUCUAGACGACCUUUAUUUUAUACGUCGUCAUCCCUGUACUAGUGCCUUAGUGCUUAGAUUAAACUUUGUGACAUUUUGUUUUAUACUUUAAAAAUGUAUUUGUAAACAAACAUUGGAGGUUGUGUUAUAGAAGGUUUAAUGUACUAAAUAUUUGUUAAGGAAUGUUAAUGUACUAAGUAUUUGUUUAGAAAGGUUAAAUGUACUAAUUAUUUGUGUAGGAAAGUUAAUGUAUUGUUUUGGAGAUGAGUUCCGUCCACAGAUAAGCACUACAGUCCAGUACAAGAUGAGGGCGUGUUCUCAUGGCGGAAAAAUUCUAAAAGACCCGUGAUUGUUAUAUUGCGUUUGUUCAACGAAGUCCACAAAAUGACGAGGGUGCUGCUUGUCUUUCUAGGGACGAUAACGCUUGGAAUAAGUUCUGGAAAGUUGCAUUCCAGACUUCCGAAAGUCGACACGUGCACAACACGUGGUGGCACGUGCAUUCGAUCAAAUGGCCUUUGUGAUGGUUACUUCGAUCAAUACGCUUUGGGAUGUACCAGAAAGAUUUGCUGCAAACCGGCGCCAUCCACUGCCAAUCCCGAACCAGCUUACCCAGAUACAGACAAAUGCGGACUGAUAACACGGGUACUUCCACAACACUUUGAUCCACGCCUGAGGAUCGUGGGCGGUGACCCAGCCUUGGACGGUGAGUGGCCCUGGCAGGUCACUUUUCAGAAUGACCGCGGCCAUUUCUGUGGAGGAACUCUAGUAUCUGACCAAUGGGUUGUUACCGCGGCGCAUUGCCUUUAUGGACAGUCCAUUUCAAGUAUUUACCUAUUGCUUGGAGAACAUCACCAAGAAUACAAAUCGAACAACGAGCGGAAUGCUACGAUCCGAAAAAUGUACAUCCAUCCUGACUACUUACCAGAGAACAGUCUACCCAAUGACAUCGCCAUGGUACAACUGUCACAACCAGUAAACGUCACCGGACAUUACGUCAGGACCGCCUGUCUGCCACGAGGAGAUGACGUGUUUAGUGACGUAGAUCGCUGUUACAUCAGUGGCUGGGGAUACACUCAAGGAACUGGAGAUAACAAUAUACUACAGCACCUGCGCGUACCUAUAACUUCCUCAUCCAUGUGUAACACAAGCUGGGAUGGUGCCAUAACCAACAACCACAUCUGCGUUGGACACGGGGGAACUGGGGCAUGCCGGGGGGACUCCGGUGGACCAUUGGUAUGUCAACGUCACGAUUCGUUCGUAUUGGCAGGAGUGACGUCAUGGGGGUCACCCACGUGCUCUGAAUUGGGUAAACCAAAUGUGUUCACGAAAGUUCCCCGGUAUUUCACCUGGAUUCAGAGUGUGCUGCAGGUUUUCUGAAGUUUAUUCAUGUUCAUAAAGGUGUCUUUUGAAAAAUAAAUUACUCUAGCAAACAAA